AUGGCAUUCUCUUCCAGUUGCGAAAUAUGCGAGCACUGUCAGAAUCCUGUCCUGAAAGACGAGCGGGUCACCAUCCCUGAGGGGUAUAGCUACCACAGGAAAUGUCAUAAGUGCUAUGUAUGCAGCGAAACCAAUCUGCAAAACGCGGAGGUGUUCAAGGGCGUGAUAUUCUGCUCCAGCUGUUCCCAGAGGAUAUUCCAGGGAUGCUCCACCGCUCGGAAGACGAAGACCACCAAGCGUGGUCGCUCCAGAAGGACCAGACACGACAGAGAGAGACCCAAAAGGCAAGACAGGAGAGCUGACAGCAGCCGGGACGGCGUCAUCGAACUGUCCGUGCUGGUGGGAUCCGCCACUGAUUCAGAGGAACAAAAGAAAACGCAGGAGAAAACUAGCAAAACUCCGUUACCAGCUGAAGUAUUGCAAUCUGAACGAGUAAGACAAGAAACCUGCUUUUAUUUGCAGCAGCCUCUGUGCAAGAUUAUGAAGAAAAGUACAGAAAUGGGAACUACAACCAACGUUACUCAAGAAUUACUGAGACAAAUAAACUGCCCUAUACCGGAUUGCAAGGCUAAGCAUUCACCAGAAAUUCUAGUACCUCCAAGGAGACGUCAUAAUAGAAGGAAAGAAAUUAAACAUAUAAUUGAACCUGUUAGAAACAGACCUAUCUGCAGUGAUCUUCGAGUGGCGGAACUUGGCGUCUCAACAGAAAUAGCCAAUAUGGCUCUCCGCAAGAAAUCUGAAAUGCCCGUCAUUAUAAAAUCUAACAGUCGGUUGCAAGAAAAAACUUCACCCGGCAUUUCGACACUGAAACACGAAUUAGGAAUGCGAUCAGAUAUGACUUAUCUGAAUGACAGCUCAGAUUGUCUGGAUUCGAAUUACGGUACCAUGUCUGAUUACAAUUCGAGAAGAGUAAUGGACAGACGUCUCGGCAGCAUACUGAGAAUACCUUUAAAAUACUUUAAAAGGAAUAUACUGACAAGAAGCUCACGUAUUAGCAUUCUUACAAGUUCUGAUGAUGAACGGACAAACAGCAUUUUCCGAAAGAUAAAACGUCUUUUACAUGAAGAUAUUGUGGAACAUCAAAGGCGUGGUGUCAGAAAAUUAUAUUCAACGAUCAACCGCAAUCAGGUACCACAUAGAUUGGGAUGGGUUGAGUUAGUUGCUAAAGUGUCAAAAUUAAAAGAUCAAAAUAUCAGUUAUUGUAAAUGUCCCCAAAGAUGCAAACAUUACAGACGUUCACAUAAUUACCGCUGUAUGAGAGAUCAUGUUAUGAAAUUAGCUGGCCCUACAAAUAGCGAGCUGGCAUGCUAUAGAAAUAAGAUUAAAAACUUCAUAGCCCCGCAAUGUAUCAGAACAUUAAUCUGCAAAAUAUGGUCGUUUCUUUUUAUAGAUGACGAUUAUCCAAAAGUCAAGGUGUCACAAGGUUGUGGAAGAUCGUUCAAGUCAUAGCAAAAACGACUUUACUUUCGACUCACGGAUAAGUAUUAAAAAAAAUAUGUAAAAUGUUCAAUAAAUGAUAAUACACUUUUGUCCAAAAA